AUGGAAGUAAAUUUAUUGAUAGUGCCACAUUCUCACACAGAUCCAGGCUGGCUCGAAACACUGGAAAUAUACUAUAGAAAUCAAGUCAAGGAGAUACUACACAAUAUUGUGGUUGAACUGUAAUCAGAUGCAAUGAAGAAAUUUACCUGGGCUGAAGUAUGUUUCCUUAAGAUGUACUAUGAUGAGAUUACUGUAAAGCAGCGAAAAGAGCUGUAUAACUUAAUCAUGUCUGGCCAGUUAGAGAUAGUUGGGGGAGGUUGGGUCUAGCAUGAUGAGACCUUAACCUCUUAUCGAUAGCAGAUAGCUUAAAUGGAGACUGGCAUUGACUGGUUGAUACAGACCUUCCCAGGAAUUGAAUCUAAACUCAAGACGAUGUGGCAGAUAGAUUCAUUUGGCAGCUCAGAGUUAACCCCUUUGUUAUUUAACCAAGAAUAAGAGUCAACUCGAGUGCAAUUUGAAAACAUAGUAUUGAACAGAGUGGGUGAUGAAGUGAAGGAUCGCUUUAAGCAAGAGUAAUCCAUGGAUUUCUUAUGGUAGCACAGUCUGAGCUAAAGUUAAGAAACUAAUAAGCUUUUGACUCAUAUAUUGCAUCAUCACUAUGAGACAAAGGAGUAUGAAUUUAUGAAGACGCAUUUACUGAACCCUCAACCAUCUCAGAUAGAUGUGAAAUCAUUCCUUAUAAGAUACGGCAACAGUGUAAUAGUACCCUAUCUUGAAAACCAAAGUCAUGAAAACAUAAUGCUACUGGUUGGAAAUGAUUUCGCCUAUAUGAGCAAGGGAUCAAAGCCAAAUUAAUAAGAUGUGUAGAACUUUAGAAUGAUUGAUAAUAUGAUAACGAUACUUAAUGAGUAUUCUUAACAUUAUCUUGGUUAUAAGGUAAAGGCUAGAUAUGCUACUCCAAGUGAAUACUUCGACUUACUGAAGUCAUAGAUGAAGAAUGGGAGUUUAGAGCUACCUGAAAUAGAAACUGAUUUCUCACUUUAUGAUGAAAAGUUUCAUAAACUGCAUCCAGAUUUUUAAGGCAAAAACAGAGUAGAUUACUGGUCAGGGUAUUAUUCAAACAGGCCUGCAUUGAAGUUCGCCAUCUCUAAGGCCUUCAACUUCUACUUCAAUUCCAUGACCUUCUUAAAUCUAGCUCAAAUGCUCAUAGAUAACCAGCAAGGAAUUAAUCCAUUUGAUAAACUUACCAGUGAGCAAUUAGCUAUAAGCAAGUAUUAAAAUAAAACCACAGUUCCCAAUGAUAAUCCUUAGGUAAGUAAAAAAGUGCAGAAGCCCUUCAAAGGGAACUAGCUCUAGAAGUACUUAGUAGAAUUAGCCUAGAUUGUAAGUAUAGGGACUCAUCAUGACACACUACCGUCUACUUCGAGGGAUAACGUUCAUAUGAGUGAAUUACUGAAGUUCAACUAAGCCAUUGAAGCUUCCAGUGUUUUAGUUUAAAGAUAGUACCUACAUUUAUUUGGAGCAAGUGAGGUUGAAGAGGAUGAGGAAGAAAUUAAGGUCAAAGGUGAGGGUAGAGUAAAGCAGUACAUAGUGUUCAACAAGGAAGGCUAUAGUUAAAACACGGUUCUUAAAUUCAUAACUGAGACCAAAUAUGUUGUUGUAAAGAAAGGUGAUGAAUUCUUGGAAUCUGAUGUUACUAAUACUUUCAUAUGCACUGAUAGAAUGGGCAAGCAAGAUAAACAGUUCAAUCUGAUUUUUAAGGUUUAGCUAUUGCCUCUCAGUGCCACUGUUAUAGAUGUAGUAGAAUAUCAGACUUUAGAAGACUGCCAACAAGUUUCAGCUAAGUGCUCCUCAUUUAUUCAGCCAUAAACUAUAAAGUUAGGAUAAGACCUCUAUAUGGAAAAUUCUCAGGUCAAAUUUGAGUUUAACAAUCAAAACUACAUGGCUUAAAGAAUAGAUCAUAAACUGAAGCAUUAGAGUAUAGAAGCUAAGAUUGACAUUGUAAGAUUCUCAGGUGUUAAUAGUGAAUCUGGAGCUUAUAUUAUGGCACCUGAUUCUAACUACAUUCCUUUAAAGCUUAGCCUACUAGAUGGGUUCUAUGUUAAGGGGAGAUUUUAAGAUUUUCUGGCUACCUUUUAUACUACAGCAUAUAGAGAUACGUGUUUUGCAGUAUAGACAGUGACACUAGAUCGCAAGGGUGAUAAAUAAGAUGUAGCUCAUAUCAAAUUUAAAUCAUUCCCACUUAGUAACGAUGAUGUGUUUAUGAGAAUUAGAACGAAUUUGACAACUUAAUCCUAGCUUUACACUCAUAACUCUUUGUACUACAAGCAAGCAUAUUCAAAUAACAGAUAUGUAUCACCCAGAGAUAUAGGCUCUAAGAUAUACCCCGCUGUUUAUGGAGCCAUACUGAAACAAAAUGAUUAAAUUUUAAGUCUAUUCACAGGUGAGAGAGCCUCAGGAAUAGGGUCUGUUGAAGCAGGAGAGAUAUUAAUGGGAGUUGGCAGAAGGAAUGACUAUGAUGAUGAUAAAGGCUUGCCUGAUGGUGUUACUGAAACCAAUCCAAUAUUCUCUGAAUUUAGUAUGGGCUUGUAUGAUGUUAAUGAAAUAAAUACGAAGGGAUAUAAGCAAAGGCUACAUGAAGAGGCAUAACAGAUGAUGAUAGUUACAACUCAGGAUAAAGUAUAUCAAUUUGAGAAGCGCGAGAUUAGUUUUGGAUAAAUUUAAGAUCAUAACACAGAAAUCAUCUAUGCAAAGUUCAAUAACCAGACCAAUGAAUUCUACAUUAAGACGUUAGAGGUUGACUAUAAUUAAGAUGUCAAUCAAAAUUUUGAACGUUAAUUCAACUCAUCAAUACUUCAAAUUGAGAGAAGCUAAAACAAUAGUGAUCUAAAUAGAUAAGGACUUUAUCAAUUUGAGAAUGGUGAAAUAUCAUAGAGAUUAGAGUAAGACUUUCAUGGCUUGAAAUCUAUCAAGGUGUCUAAUUACAAGAUAGCUCUUGCCAAAUUAUAAACAGAUAGGAAUAAGAGGAAAGAGACUAAACUGAUCCUAGAUGAGGUCAAAGCAUCGAUUUUUUAUAUGGACUAUUGCAUCGAAUAAUAAAAGUACCAAUGUAUAUGA